AUGUCAACGUGGGGUGAAUACUUCCGCGUCACCACCUACGGUGAAUCGCACUGCCGCUCCGUUGGCUGCAUUGUCGAUGGCUGCCCUCCAGGCAUGGAGCUCACCGAGGACGAUAUCCAACCCCAGAUGACCCGCCGACGGCCAGGCCAGAGCGCCCUGACAACCCCGCGUAACGAGAAGGACCGCGUCGAGAUUCAAUCAGGCACAGAGUUUGGCGUCACUCUAGGUACGCCGAUUGGCAUGAUCGUGCGCAAUGAGGAUCAGCGCCCCAAGGACUACGGCAACAAAACAAUGGACCUGUUCCCCCGCCCCAGUCAUGCGGAUUUCACCUACCUCGAGAAGUAUGGCGUCAAGGCUAGCAGUGGUGGUGGGCGAAGCAGCGCUCGUGAGACAAUUGGCCGUGUCGCUGCUGGGGCCAUCGCCGAAAAGUACCUGCGCCUUUCGCACGGCGUCGAAAUCGUCGCUUUCGUCAGCUCCGUCGGUAACGAGCACCUCUUCCCUCCCACCGUCGAGCACCCCUCCUCAUCAACCAACCCAGCCUUCCUCGACUUCAUUGAAAAGAUCGACCGCAACACCGUCGACUCGUUCGUCCCCACCCGCUGCCCCAGUGAAGAUGCCGCAGCCCGCAUGACCAAGAUCAUCGAACACUUCCGCGACAACAACGACAGCAUCGGCGGCACGGUAACCUGUGUGAUCCGCAACGUUCCCGUGGGACUCGGCGAGCCCUGCUUCGACAAGCUCGAGGCCAAGCUCGCUCACGCCAUGCUCAGCAUCCCCGCAACCAAGGGCUUCGAGAUCGGCUCUGGCUUCGGCGGCUGCGAAGUCCCCGGAUCAAUCCACAACGACCCCUUCAUCGCCGCCGAAGUCGAAACCAAGCUUGGCUCCACCAGCUCCUCGGCGCAGCGCCUCGUCACAAAGACCAACAACUCUGGUGGAAUCCAGGGCGGUAUUUCCAAUGGCGCGUCCAUCUACUUCCGCAUCGCUUUCAAACCCCCUGCUACAAUCGGCCAGGCCCAGCAAACAGCCUCCUACGAUUUCGGCGAGGGUGUCCUAGAAGCCAAGGGUCGUCACGAUCCUUGCGUUGUGCCCCGUGCCGUCCCCAUUGUCGAGGCCAUGUCUGCCCUCGUCGUCAUGGACGCCCUAAUGGCCCAGUAUGCGCGUGAGAGCGCAAAGGCUCUCCUCCCCCCGUUACCCAAGACCAUCCCUACCCGCCCUACAACCGGCACAAAUUAA